AUGGACGGUCCACCAGGAUUGUCCGGCGCGUCACCCGCAACUCCCGCAACUAUCUCGGACCUCGUGAAGCACUCCCAUGAACCUCCUGACCACGUAAUGGCCUUCGAUUACACCGAACAGCUUCUCACCCCAGAGAACAGUCGUUCCGAAACCUCAAGCAAUAAUGAUAACGCGUCGAAUGAGGAAAAACCGACCGUACGCCGACAAUCUACACGUGUGACACGCGCUUCGCUGCGGGGAGCAGCUGACCUGGAUUUCGGCGCCGAGAUAGAACAUAAUGGGCACAAACAUUCUGCUGAGACUACAGAACAUGUUGUUUUGGACAAGCCUCCCGACAAUGGCGCGGCGCCGCGGGGGAAGAACCCGCGCGCCUCCCAUCUCCGCCAUAGUAUUGCAAUCAUGGAGUCGGCCUUGCAGGCCGAAACGAGUCUUACACAGGACGCUAUGGAUGUUGAUAAUCACCCUUUAGCUCCCAAUACGCCGAUCUCGGAGUCGUCGCAUGGAUCGCAUACUGACGAUGUGCCUGCCGCCUUGCCGCCCCGGACUCUACGUAAGCGCGUGGAGCAGGCAUUGGCUCGAGACAAAGGUUACGGCUCUGAGAAAGACUCCAAACCAGCUAGUGCGGAUAACGAAACACCUGUUAGGCGGUCGUCUCGUCUGAGCUUACUGGGUAAAGUCUCCGACCUGGCUGGCCGUGCUACCGGUGUUCUGGGCAAGCGCUCGACCAGCAUGAGGGAGAAUGCGAAGGAACCAGAUAGGAGGUCCAGUCUUCGACCUCGACGUUCAACUACCGCUAGAGAGGAACCUCCCGCCGAGCCGCCGACAAAGAAGCAACGUGUCUCUGUUAGCGCACCUGUAGACAAAGCGAAAUCAGAAUCGGACGCCUCCCAGGAGGAACCAACACCUCCAGAGGUUAUUACUCGAUUUAAAGAAAAGCGAUGGUUGACUCAUGGACUUUAUUCCGGGCAAGAAUAUACCAAUUUACGGCCAAGCCAGAAGAGGACCGAAAAGAGGAGAAAGAGCCACAAUACAAGUCAGCCCAACCAUCAGAGAAAGUAUCUGCCGCUUCCAAUGUUCGCUGGGGAGAGGUUGCUGCAGACGGGACGAGACUUCCAACUUCCUUUCGAUAUAUACUCGCCACUUCCUCCAGGCCAGCCUAAGCCAAAUGAGUGGAGAAAAACCAAUAAGAAUGUCUUCGUUGGAGAAGCAGGUAGCAUUUGGCGCGCGAACAAAGAGGAAGAGCUUUCAAAAUGUACCUGCAUGCCAGAGACCGGUUGCGAUCAAUUCUGUCAAAACCGCUACAUGUUCUAUGAAUGCGAUGACCGGAUUUGUGGCGUAGGCCCUGAGUGUGGCAAUCGGAACUUCGAAGAGCUCAAGCAGAGAGCUAAGGCUGGAGGCAAAUAUAACGUGGGUGUUGAGGUGAUCAAGACCCCAGAUCGUGGAUACGGCGUACGCAGUAACCGCACCUUUGAGCCGAACCAGAUCAUUGUGGAGUACACCGGCGAGAUUAUUACUCAAGCUGAGUGCGAGAAACGUAUGCGCACUAUAUACAAGAAGAACGAGAACAUGAUCAUUGAUGCUACUCGCGGAUCCAUUGCUCGCUUCGUGAACCAUGGCUGUGAGCCCAAUUGUCGAAUGGAGAAGUGGACUGUGGCAGGAAAGCCUCGUAUGGCCCUCUUCGCCGGUGAUCGAGGAAUCAUGACCGGGGAAGAAUUGACGUAUGACUACAACUUCGACCCAUAUUCUCAAAAGAACGUCCAACAAUGUCGGUGCGGUUCGUCUAAAUGCCGGGGUAUCUUAGGCCCUCGGAAGAGAGAAAAGGAACAACGAGCAGAGUUGAGAGCAGCUAAACUGAAGGAAAUCGCAGACGCGAAAAAGGCAAAAGCAGCAAAACGGAGAAAAGAGAACGCUCUGAAGAGAUCUCGUCCGCGCAAUAACAGGAAGGGAAGAGCCCUCGCCCCAUCCUCCAUUAAAUCUGGCGUCAAAAAGGCGGCGUCAAAAGCGCGUGGAGCUGUCUCCCGAAAAAUGCCUGCUGCUGCAACAUCGUCCAAGAAAAGCGCAUCUAAAAAGUCCACGAACGCCUCGAAACAGACGUCGACGAAGUCAAAGCGUAAUAUCAGAUUACCUACAAUAAAAGCACCGAAGGUAAAAGCAAAGAUCACAAGUCGCGUCCGAGCGCCAGCACAAACGACGAGAACCAAGGUGAAGAAGGCUUCAACUUCACCACCUAAAUCACGCAGCCGAGUGUCGGCCACGAAAACCACCAAGGCUGCCACCGCAGCGGAGAGCUCACCCGCCCGAAAACGACCAUUGAAAGCUAAAAAGGACAUUCUGAAUGGGGUUCGAGAAACGAUCAACAAGGGGACCACUAAGCAUUCCCAAAGAGCGAAAUCUUCUUCAUCCCGUACAACAGGGCGCUCUCCUAGGGCAAGGAAGUAG